UUUCUGAUUUACAGAGUAUUAUGACGAAGACAUGGCACAGGAUGAGGACUACUUUGAAGACAUAUCUUCGUAUGAUGCUCCUGAACCCGAAGUCGAUUUAGCCACCCAUACAGGAUUAUUUGUGAAGAAACCUCACGAUUUAAAUGUGCAAACAGGGAAAGAUUUUUCUGUGAACAUUACUGUAAAUGGUACUCAGCUUACUGCAAAGCCUACAGUGAAAUGGUUUAAAGGAAAAUGGCUGGAGCUGGGAAGCAAAAGUGGAACCCGAUACAAGUUUGAAGAAAGUUUUGAUGAAGCAAAAAAGCUGUACCAUUUUGGGCUAAAGGUUUUCAAAGCAGUCAAGGCUGAUAAUGGGGGAUACAGAUGUGAAGUAAGCUCACCUGACAACAGGGAAAACUGCACCUUUUCUGUAUCAGUUCAAGAUGCCGGAGAUGAUGGAAACAUUUUGAAAGCAUUUAAGAGGACACCCAGUGGAGAAGGAAAGGCCAGACGUGAUGCUGGGGAACUCGAUUUCAGUGCUCUCCUCAAGAAAACAGAGAGGGAAAAGAAGGAAAAAGAGGUAAAGAAGGUGGAAAGAAAAAAAGAUGAUGAUGACCCCAUGGCAGGAAUACCUCCACAUGUCUUGGAAAUAUUGAAGAAUGCCAAACCAAGCGAGUAUGAAAAAAUUGCCUUCCAGAAUGGUAUCACUGAUCUAAGAGGAAUGCUGAAACAUCUCAAGAAAAAGAAAGUUCAAGUACAGAAACAAGAUGCUUUUUCGAGAAGGCUCGAUAACUGUUACACUGUAGACAAACAUCAGAAGAUUAAAAUGCAAGUAGAAGUCACAAACCCUGACCUUCCAAUUAAAUGGUUAAAAAAUGGCCAUGUGAUAAAACCCAGUGCCAAAUAUGUGUUUGAGAAUAUUGGCCUCAAAAGAAUUCUCACUAUUAAUAAAUGUACUCUGGCAGAUGAUGCGGAGUAUUCUUGCGUUGUUGGUGAUGACAGGAGUUCCACAGACCUCUAUGUUAAAGAGCCUCCAGUGACAAUAGAAAAACCCAUUGAGGACCAGCAAGUAUUUGUAGGUGAUAAAGUGGAAUUAGAAGUGGAGGUGUCAGAGGAGGGAGCCCAUGUUACCUGGACAAAAGAUGGUGUAGAGCUAACUCGUGAUGAAAUGACCAAGUAUCGUUUCAGAAAAGAUGGCAAAAAACAUAUUUUAAUUAUCAAUGAGGCCACAAAGGAAGACAUUGGACGAUAUGGAGUGGAAACUACUGGUGGAGCAUGUGAAGCUGAACUUGUAGUAGAAGAUAAGAAGCUAGAAAUCUUGCAGGGAAUUGCUGACUUGACAGUAAAGGCAGCUGAACAAGCUGUCUUCAAAUGUGAAGUUUCUGAUGAAAAAGUCACUGGCAGGUGGCUUAAAAAUGGAGUGGAGAUCCGACCAAGCAAACGUAUCACAAUGAGUCAUAAGGGCAGAAUUCAUAAGUUGGUGAUUGAUGAUGUCAGACCAGAAGAUGAAGCUGACUACACCUUUGUACCUGACGGAUAUGCUUUGUCUCUCUCUGCCAAACUCAACUUUCUUGAGAUUAAAAUUGAAUAUGUCCCACUGGAAGAACCUCCCAAAAUCCAUCUUGACUGCUCUGGAGGAACACCUGUCAAUACCAUAAUCGUUGUGGCUGGAAACAAGUUACGUUUUGAUGUCCCAAUAUCUGGAGAACCCGCACCUACCGUCACUUGGUUUAAGGAAAAUAUUGAAUUCACUGAUAUUGAUGGAAGAGUGCAUGUUGAAGCAAAGUCUGAUUUAAGCAGCUUUGUAAUAGAGGGAGCAAAACGUGAGGAUGAGGGCAACUAUAAAAUUGUUGUAACUAAUCCUUCUGGAGAAGAUACUGCUACAUUAUAUGUCAAAGUUGUAGAUGUUCCUGAUCCUCCACAAAAUAUAAACAUUGUUUGUGUUGGGGAGGAUUGGGCUGAUGUUGUGUGGGAGCCCCCAGCAUAUGAUGGUGGACAGGAAAUCUUGGGAUAUCUUAUAGAAAGAAAAAAGAAAGGGAGCCAGCGUUGGAUGAAAAUGAACUUUGAAUACUACACAGACAUUAAAUAUCAGUCCACAAAUAUGAUUGAAGGGGUUUUGUAUGAAAUUAGAAUCUUUGCUGUCAAUGCCAUUGGCAUUUCCCGAGAAGCUAACACCACCAACCCAUUCAUGCCUAUUGCUCCUACUAGUGAACCUCUACACUUGACGGUUGAGGAUGUCACAGACACAACCUGCACCCUUAAGUGGAGACCACCAGAUCGUAUUGGCGCUGGAGGCAUUGAUGGUUAUCUUAUUGAGUACUGCAAAGAGGGAACUGAUGAAUGGAUUGAGACCAACAAAGAGCUUGUGGAAAGAUGUGGAUUCACCGCGAAGGGUCUUCCGACUGGUGAAAAACUUUUCUUCCGUAUACGUGCUGUCAAUAUAGCGGGAAAGAGUGAGCCAGCAGUUCUUGGUCAGCCAGUUACAAUCCGGGAGAUUGUGCAGUCACCAAAGAUCCGAUUACCAAGGCAACUAAGACAAACUUAUAUUAAGAAAGUUGGAGAACAGGUCAACCUUCUCAUACCCUUCCAGGGAAAACCCAGACCAGUAGUCACCUGGUCAAAAGAUGGCCAACCAUUGGAUCCAAAGCAAGUCAGUGUCAGAACUUCAGAUGCAGACACAAUUCUCUUUAUAAGAUCAUCAGAACGAUCUCAUUCAGGAAAAUAUGACCUCUCUGUCCAAAUUGAAAACAUGGUUGAUACUGCAACAGUGAGCAUUCGUAUUGUGGAUAAACCAGGUCCUCCACAAACUGUGAUGGUAAAGGAGGUUUGGGGAUUUAAUGCUCUGCUGGAAUGGAAGCCACCCAAGGACAGUGGAAACUCAGAGAUUACAGGUUAUACUGUUCAAAAAGCUGACAAGAAGACAAUGGAAUGGUUCACUGUAUAUGAGCACAAUCGCCAGCCUCGUUGCACAGUGUCUGAUCUGAUCAUGGGAAAUGAAUAUUACUUUAGAGUGUACAGUGAGAACAUUGUUGGUAUGAGCGAGGCUGCAGGUGUUUCCAAGAACACGGCUGUCAUUGAUAAGACUGGUUUAGUCUACAAACCUCGUGAUUACCAAGAAAUGGAUAUCAAUGAGGCUCCAAAGUUCCUUACUCCUCUCACAGACCGGGUUGUAGUUGCUGGAUAUAGUACAGCAUUGAAUUGUGCUGUAAGAGGUCAUCCAAAGCCUAGAGUCAUCUGGAUGAAAAAUAAAAUGGAGAUUAAAGAUGAUCCCAAAUUCCUCAUGAAACAUAACCAAGGAGUCCUCACUUUGAACAUCCGCAAGCCAAGUCCUUUUGAUGGUGGAACCUACACUUGCAAAGCCAUCAAUGAUUUAGGGGAAGCUCAGGUGGACUGCAGACUAGAAGUUAGAGUUCCUCAAUAAAAGCAUCUUGGUCUAUUUGACAAGGAGUUACAUCCAGGUUUGGAUGAGUUACAUGCCGGGUUUUAACUUCAUAUUCACAAGGAAGAGAAGAAAAAUCAUCUCUUAUAAUGUGGUGUCAUAAAUGUUAUAUUAUUGCUGUUAUAUUUUGUCAUGUAUUUUUACCUGAGAACCUCUUAUGACUGCUAAACAAAAUGUUCUGUCAAACAAUCGGUAAGGUUUUGUUUCUUGUAACAAUCUGUUGCUUAGCCUGUUCGCUGCUUUCAUAUAAAGCAUAUGCAGCAGCUUUGAUCUAAAGCCAUGUUUUAUGUAUCUGUUUGCAUUUCCUUGUCUUUGCACCACAUGCGGUUAUAUUAAAACUGCCUGAUAAACCAACCAGCUAUACCAGCUCCCAAAAUAGGCAAAGGUUUGUAAGAAGAAUAUAAUUAGAGAAUGAUGUCAACUGGUAUGGAAGAUGUUGAGUGUAUGUUGGACAAAAACAUCCAUCUUCAAACCAGCGGUCACUUAGGUCCAAAACAACAAGCAUGUGCUUUAAGAAAAAAGAAAGUGAAUAUUUCUAUGUUCAACUGUACUUACACUUGAAAAUGUAUUUUGGCAUUAGUAAUGAAUACUAAAUGUGUGAAGUUAGCUGAACUUUGUGUCCUUUAAAGGGGUACUCCGGCCCUAAGACAUCUUAUCCCCUAUCCAAAGGAUAGGGGAUAAGAUGUCUUAUUAUGGGGGUCCCGCCACUGGG